CCACUGCCUGCACCCAUCACAUUCCACUUUCUCGUCUAUCAAAUUUCGCCUCGCACACAUCAUCACCAUCAUCAUCGUCAUCAUGCCUGCUCUUCCGUUCAAUUCUUCCGCUGCUUCGUCAGCUGCAUCUUCACCUACUUUGUCGCCUACCAUGACGCCUUCAAUAGUUCUCCAUCCCGCAUCGGGUGAACCCUUGGAGAAGAAGGAGCUCCUUAAGCCCCGACAAGAUCCUGCGCACGCCUAUCGCAUGCGGUAUGCGCAAUAUCUUGCAGCCACCUUUGGCUUCUCAAUGCAGGCCGCGCUCGCCGAGGCGGAUUGCCAGCUCGCGCCUAGGCGUUCAUCGAGUUCGGGCAUGUCAGAGGCCGAGUCGUUACGCACCAUUUGAGACGGGGCGGAGGCUGUGCUGGGCAUGUGUUGCCAGGGGGUGUUUAACGACUUUAUGACGCAGCGCAGAGAACGGGUAAUAUUUUUUCAAGCAUUGGGGGGUGUGGGUUUCUCGGGCGGGCUCCGGUAACAUGUGCUGAAAAUCAAAAGCAACGGUUUAUUUUUUCCAACAUGAAUGUGACCUUGUCGCUGUUUCGCGGGCGCGCGCAAGAGAGAGAGAGAGAAUGUGAUGUCGACGCCCGUGUGUAUGCCGGCUGCCGUCCUUGAGACGAAGAAGAAGAGACUGCGGGGGGG